UUAAUAAUUUUGUGAAUUCAAAUAUUUCUUAACAUUUGACAGAUGCAAAAAUGAAAAACUUUUCUCAAAAUGAUCAGACAGAUGUGAGUUUUGAAGAAUUAUUAGAACAAUACAGGCAAAUUAAAUUCCUUUUAAAGGAUUUGAAUGAGGAAGAGGAAAAACGAUUAGAUGAAAAUAAAGUAGACGAAAAAUACUUCAAAUAUACAGAUGGAGAAAGUGGUAACAAAGAAAAUCGUCAUAAAAGAAAGUUAUCAGUCUCAAGCAAAAGAUGUAAACAGUCAGUUGAUCAUUCUGUGGAUAAAGGCAAACCAAUAAAAAGAAGAUACAGUGAAUCUUCUGAAAAAUAUGCUGUUUCCUGCGAGAAUCAAAGCAAUAUAAAAAAAUUAAGUGACAAAGAAACCAACCAAGAAAUGUGUAUUAAAGAAAAUAAUGAGGAAGAUGAAGAUUUACUGGAACUAAGGAAACAAGCAUUAGCAACUUUAACGAAACAAACAAAUUUGAAAGCACUUGAAAAUAGUCCAGAAGGUUAUGAAAAUUCUGAAAUAAAUAAAAAUGAAAAUACUAUUAUUGAUGCUCAUGUAGAUUUAGAAUUGCCUUUUCAGAAAGGAAAGGAUCAUCUAUGCAAUUCACUGGGUGAUAAUUAUGAACAAGUAGAAAUGGAUUUAGAUAGUGAUGAUAAUCCAGAUUCUUCAGAAAGUAUACUCUCUAGAGAUGAUAUUGAUGAUAAAGUUUUAAGAGAACAAUUGCUACAGUCUUUGUUUGGAAAGAGAAAGCUUCAAGAACAAAAGGAAAUAUUGACUGAAAAUGUGCAACCAGAAAUUACUGUUUCUAAUACUGAAGAAGUUGCAGAAACAAGCAAUAUUCUGUCAGAGGAACCUUUUAAAAAUAAUUGCAUUGAAGCUGUAACUAUAAAUAAUACUGUACCAAAACCUGCACCUUUAGUGAUAAACCUUGCUGAAGAUUCGUCAACUAGUAAUUCAGACAAUGAAACAAAAGAUCCAGAAACUCUUUCUCCUGAUAAUACAGAAGCACUUCCAGCAAGUUUAGAAGAAUUAUUAAAACAGGCUCGUAAAAAAUCAGAGAAAAAAGCAGGAUUUAUUAAAAAUGUUAGCCUUCAGACACCUUCAGCAGUAUCCAAAUUAUCAAGAGCUCAACAGUUAGAAUAUAGAAAAUUAAAAGAAGAAAUUGCUAAAAGAGAAUCUUUACAAAAGAAUGAAAAUAAAGAUUCAGGCAAUGAAAAUUUAAAACAAACUGCAAAGUAUGAAGAGAAAUUGUCAUUGGAAAGGUAAUAUUUAAGUUUUAAAAUCUUUGAAGUUUAAAUUUUUGAAACUUGAUUUUUUUUAUUAUGCAUCUGUUGAAGGUAAUUUAUUAUUGUUGUCUAUUGUUAAA